AUGGUUUUUCACUAUACAAACUUCGUUUAAGAAACCAACGCAUGGUGGUUGAGAAGAGUUAGACCUGUUUACUGCACAGUUCUUGCUUACUAUGGAUGGUGGUUAUAUGAUAGAUAUUACCUCUUUGGUAAAAAUGCCACUCAAGAUAUUAGAAAAGAUACCACUGAGGUUUGGGAAAAGCGUGCCGCCUUAAAUAAAAGAAACUGGGGUUACAACGCUCAUUACAAGCCUGAAUUAGAAAGAUCCAUGAAAAAAGUUCUCUAUGCUGAUCCUAAUUACAAAUUCCCCAUUGAAUGGCCCGAAAGAUAUAUGGCUGAAACCAAAACCUUGGAAUAAGUUAUGGACGAAGAAGAAAAUUGGGAAUACUACAAGUGA